AUGUUAAGGUUUUGGAAGAAACAGUUCCAGCUAAGCAAAUUUUAUCUCAUUCACAAUGAUCCUGGUGUAUUCAUUGCCAGUCAGUGGCAGAAAAAUAAGACUGAACCCAAUUUUAAAUAUCUGAUGUACCGUACUGCCAUAAUGUUAAUAUUUUUUGUAACAUGGAUUAUGACAAUAAUUAAAGAAGCAGAAAAUAAUGGUUUAUGGCCUAUAUUUUUAACAAAUUGGGGUUAUACUGCAUGUACAUUACAAGCAACUUUAGCGUUUAUUAUGUUAUUUACUACUUUCAUAGGAUCCACAUUGGAUAUGCCACAAAUGAAGGAACAUAUUUUAUGGUUGUACCCACUUUAUUGGUUAUUGAAUAUUGUAGCAACAGCUACAGCAUUUGCCAUUACUACUGUUUACUGGACUACCAUUUAUAACGCUAAAACAAUGGUAUUUGAUGCAUUGAACUAUUUCGUACAUGGAAACAACUCAAUACUUGUUUUUAUAGAUUUGUGGAUAGUGGCGCAUCCUGUUAUGCCAUUUCACGUAGUUUAUAGCAUAAUUUUUGGAAUUAUUUAUAGCGUUUUUACCUUUAUUUACUAUUCAGCAGGAGGGAGGGGCAAGGAAGGAACAUUGUGCAUUUACAAAAUAGUAGAUUGGGACAGACCUGGCCUAACGGUGGGCGUAUGCCUUGGUGUAAUUGCUUUUCUCAUAGUAAUCCAUUUUUUAAUGGUCUUAAUUUCUUUAGUAAGGCGAAACUUGCAGGAAAAAUGUUGCAGUAAGAAGUUGGAUAUCACCAUGAUGCAAACUAAGAAAGAUGCUGCAUAUGUAAACGAAGCCAUGUCAGCCGAUAUAGUUUGA